GGCCGCGAAAGGGAUGGAUGAGCUCCGGCCCUCUCUCUGUCUCUCUCUCCCCACUGAUGGUGGACGUUGCUGUUGUAAUCACCCUGCUCUAUCUUUCUCAAUUCUACACGCGUUUCUCCCACUGCUGUCGCCUUCCUCUCUCUCUCUCUCGCUCUCUCUCUGUAUCCGUGCUCGUCACCAAACCACCCAGAAAAGAAUCCACUGGGCGAGUCAACCCACAUCGUCUUCCACUCCUAUUUGCCUGACACACUCAAAAAGCCAUACUCCCAAGCACCAAUCAUGGAGGAGUGACUUCAACCCCAAGCGAGGCGAACAGUAGCGGCGCUUUCCCCCAAGCAUGAACUCGGAGUCCAACGUGGAUCCACCGACACAGCCCCGAACGGAGCGAGAAAUUACAGAUCGCAGUCACCUCUUUCACUCCAUGAUUGCACGACCACUGCGCCAGUACAAUCGACUCCUCUAUAUAUGAACUUGUUCCUCGAUUGCUCCCGAAACCAUGGCUGCUUCUUCAUACUUCACGCUUCCUUUCCGUCUGCUACUGCAUCUCCUGCUCCUCGGUCUAUUUUCUGCAAGCAAUGUCUACAUCGUUUACAUGGGAGAGAAGGCGCAGGACGAACCAGCGGCAGCUACGGAGCUGCAUCACGCAACGCUGUCCACCGUGCUUGGAAGCAAGCAAGCGGCCACUUCCUCGAUUCUUUAUAGCUACAAGCACGGAUUCUCGGGGUUUGCCGCCGUUCUGACAGAAUCUGAGGCAGCUCGUGUUGCCGAUUUGGCGGGAGUUGCUCAUGUCGUUCCGAAUCGGAUUCUUGAUCUGCACACGACAAGGAGUUGGGAUUUCCUUCAUCUGAAGUCAAACCCUUCGGGUGGGCUUCUUGAGAUGAGUCGGUCCGGUGAUGGGUCGAUCAUUGGGGUACUAGAUACUGGAAUAUGGCCCGAGUCCGAAAGCUUCAGCGAUCGUGACAUGGGAGAGAUUCCAUCUCGUUGGAGAGGAGUCUGCCAAAAAGGAGAGAAGUUUCAUGUUUCUGACUGCAAUAGGAAAAUAAUUGGAGCACGAUGGUACAUCAAAGGAUAUGAAGCUGAAUUUGGAAAGUUGAAUACAAGUGACAUACUGGAGUUUCUAUCUGCUCGUGAUGCAGUCGGACAUGGUACACACACAUCAUCUACUGCUGCUGGUGCAUUUGUAGGUAAUGCGAGCUUUAUGGGAAUUGCUCGAGGAAUAGCAAGAGGAGGUGCUCUAAGGGCUAGGUUGGCUAUUUACAAGGUGUGCUGGGCUACUGGUGGUUGCAGCUCUGCGGACAUCCUUGCCGCUUUUGAUGAUGCAAUACAUGAUGGGGUAGAUGUGCUUUCAGUGUCUUUGGGCCAAUCACCCCCACUUCCUACCUACAUUGAGGAUGUUCUGGCCAUUGGUUCUUUUCAUGCUGUGGCCAGAGGGAUAACUGUUGUCUGCUCUGCAGGAAAUUCUGGUCCUUUCUCACAGACUGUGAUAAAUACGGCUCCUUGGGUUAUAACCGUUGCAGCAAGCACGAUAGAUCGAACUUUUGUGACAUUCAUAUCCCUUGGGAACAACGUAACAAAAGCGGGUCAAGCAUUAUACCUCGGGGAGCAUGUGGAUAAGUUCUAUGGGAUAGUUUAUGCUGAAGAUAUUGCUUCAGAUAAUGCAGACAGUACUGAUGCCCGAGGUUGCGGUGCAGGUUCGCUAAACGCAACUCUAGCAAGAGGAAAGGUUGUUCUAUGUUUCCAAACUCGGGACCAAAGAUCCCCUCUUGUUGCUUCAGACACUGUACGAAGAGCUCAUGGUGUUGCCGUUAUCUUUGCACAGUUCCUGACUAAGGAUAUUACCUUUGCUUUUGAUUUCCCCUGCGUCCAAGUUGACCUUGAAAUUGGAACAUCUAUACUCACUUACCUGGGCAGCACAAGGAAACCUAUUGUGAAGUUUAGCACCACAAAGACUGUGCUGGGGACAGUGAUUGCCCCUGAAGUGGCGUACUUCUCAUCUCGAGGUCCUAGUUCACUUUCGCCGUUUGUGUUGAAGCCAGAUAUCGCCGCACCUGGUGUAAAUAUCUUAGCAUCUUGGUCACCAGCUUCCCCUCCACGCAAUAUGCCUCCGCUUAACUUCAAGAUCGAGUCAGGUACCUCCAUGUCCUGUCCUCACAUUUCUGCAAUUGCUGCUCUUCUCAAAUCAAUCCAUCCUAAUUGGAGCCCGGCUGCAAUAAAAUCUGCAAUAGUCACAACAGCCUCUACUAUCGACGAGUAUUCUCUUGGCGUAGUAGCUGAGGGAGCUCCUCACAAGCAAGCUAACCCAUAUGACUUUGGAGGUGGACAUGUGGAUCCGAACAAGGCCAUCGAUCCUGGCUUGGUAUAUGACAUGAGAGUGUCUGCUUAUGUGCAUUUCCUGUGUUCCGUGGGCUACAACAACUCAGCCGUGAGUUCAUUGACACAACAUCCCACCAUCUGCCAUGACAUAUACCAAUCACACAAGGACCUAAACCUCCCUUCCAUAACCAUCCCUCAGCUGAAAGAGAGCUUUACAGUCACAAGAACAGUCACAAAUGUCGGUCCAGCGACAUCUACCUACACUGCUCAUGUGGAAGCACCUCGAGGGGUAAGCGUUCGUGUCAGACCCUCAAUCUUAGCGUUCAACUCGACCGUGCAGAAGCUCAAGUUCAAGGUGACAUUCGGGUCGCGGCUGAAGGUGCAAAGCGGAUACUUGUUUGGGAGUUUGACAUGGAAAGAUGGAGUCCACCAUUUGGUUAGAAUUCCACUGGCAAUUCGCAUUGUCAUCGAUGAGUUCGAUAUUUACACUUAAUAGGAUUGUCUUCUUUCUCCUUGUUCAUAAGUGUCUUUGAAAUAGAGCAGGGAGUAGAUUGUGAC